GGUGCCGCGUGCGUAGCGGAAGUGAAGAUGGCUGCUGCGAGGAACGGAAAGAGUGGACUCCUGGAGAAAUGGAGAAUCGAUGAGAAGCCGGUGAAAAUCGAUAAAUGGGACGGAGCCGCGGUGAAGAACUCUCUGGACGACGCUGCCAAGAAGGUGCUGCUGGAGAAGUACGGUUACGUGGAAAACUUUGGGCUGGUGGACGGUCGCCUGCUGAUCUGCACCAUUUCCUGUCUGUUUGCCAUGCUGGCGCUGGUCUGGGACUACCUGCACCCGUUCCCCGAGUCCAGACCCGUCCUCGCCUGCUGCGUCAUCUCAUAUCCUUCCACAUAGGGGACACAGGAAGUC